AUGUCAUUCAGGCAGAAAAAUGGAGACAUUUUGUAUCAAGCCUGGGAGAGGUUUAAGAGUCUUCUCAGAGAUUGUCCUCACUACCAUCAGAUGAAUGAAGUACUGGCACACACAUUUAUUGAGAGUCUAGAUGCCCAACAUAAGUCAUCACUAGACACUGCUGCAGGAGGGCAGGCUCUUGAUCUAAGCUAUGAAGAACUAUUCACACUAUUGAACAGGUUUACUCAGAGCACUCCAGACUGGCAGGCUAAUGCAGCUAGCAGUUCAGUUAGGAAGGCACUGGGUGUCUUUGAAGUAGAUAAUUUUACAACACUAUCAGCACAGAUUGAUGCCAUGCGCACUGAAAUCAAGAAGUUAACUGCUGCGCAAGCUCCACCACAGGUGCAUGCAGUGCAACAAGCCAUCGUUUUUUGUGAAGUCUGUGGAGAAGGUCACAACAGUGAUGAAUGCCCUGCGAAUCCCGCAUCCAUAUACUUUGUGGGUAAUGCAAGCAAGGGGCAAGGAAACAACAAUCAAUACGGGAAUUCCUACAACCCAAAUUGGAGGAAUCACCCAAAUUUCAGGUGGAGUGACAACCCAGGUAAUCAGAAACAGAACUAUCAGCCAACAUCUGCUCCUCAAGCACCCACGAACAGUAUGGAAGAGAUGAUGAAAAAGAUGAUGGGUGAUAUGCAGAAGAUGAUGAUAGACCAGCAGAAGUUGAUAGCAAAUAAUCAGAAUCGCGAUUUGAUUGUGCAGAAUUUAGAGAGGCAGAUGGGACAGAUAGCUGGUGCACAAAAUACUAGACCACCUGGAGGACUUUCAAGUGAUACGGAUGUGAAUCCCAAGCCUUAUAAUGCUGUGACUCUUCGAAAUGGGAGAGAACUAGAGGAAGUGGCUCGAAGAAAACCCGGUCGGUCGAAGCUGAAAAGGAGAAGAUUACCGAGGAGAUGA